AUGGCUGCCAAGAAAGAUGAUUUCUUCGUCAAGCAAAUCUCUCCAAAGCUUGGAGGAGAGAGAGGAGCUCGGAACCCUCGCGGCCCAACAUCUUCACAUGACCUCGUCGAGCAGAUGGAGUUUCUUUACUUAGAAGUAAUCCAAGCCAAGAACAAAGUAGCCGACACUGUUGUAAUCCCCAUCGUCGAAAUCACUCUCGGAAACUACAAAUCCUCGACCAAAGAUCUGCCAAUGGGACAAAAUAUGGAGUGGAAUCAAGUGUUCGCUUUUGACAAAACCAAAGGUGAUGUCUUGUCCGUUACUCUCAUAGACGAUGCGACCAAAACCGUAAUUGGCAAGCGAAACUUCAAACUGGCCUCGGAGAUUCCGAGUAGGGUUCCUCCCGACGCAAGAAUCGCGCCUCAGUGGUACUCUAUGCAGAAUACCCAAACAGGUCAUCACAUGGAUUUGCUGAUGUCGGCUUGGUUUGGUACACAAGUUGACGAGGUUUAUUCAGAGGCUUGGUUUUCAGACGCCUCUCAAGUGAGUCCACUUAACGUGAUCAACACGCGACCUAAGGUCUACCUAGCCCCAAGGCUCUGUUACGUUAGGAUUACCAUUGUUUCAGGUCACGAUUUGAUUUCUUCCGAUCAUAAGCGGACUCCUUCAGCAUACGUGACGGCAGCUCUAGGUGAUGUGUGUCUCAAAACCGGAGUUUCUCCCGGUAGGAACCCGUCAUGGAACCAAGAUCUAAUAUUAGUUGCAUCAGAGCCGUUAGAAGGAAUCGUCGUCAUUAAGGUGAUGGACAGAGUCGACGAGCAACACGAAGAAUGCAUAGGGAUGUUAGAGAAGAAGCUCUCAGAGAUGACACCGCUUAAAAUUCCAAGUUCCGCACCGGUUUUGUUCUAUGACCUUGAAAUGCCGGUUAAGGUCGAACCGGCAGGAGAUUCGAGGAGGUUCGCAAGCAGACUCAAGAUGAAACUAGCGACUGAUCAGGCUUAUCACGUUGCUGAGGAAUGUGUCGAAUACGCGAGUGACUUCAGAGCUUAUGUUAAAGGGCUAUGGCCGGGUGUGCUCGGGAAAUUGGAAAUCGGGAUUUUGGGGGCAACCGGUUUAAAGGGAAGAGACGAGAAAAAACCGGACAUCGACAGUUAUGUGGUGGCUAAAUAUGGGAAUAAAUGGGCGAGGACUCGAACAGUGGUUAAUAAUGUCUCACCCAAGUGGAACGAGCAGUAUUCGUGGGAUGUCUAUGAAAAGUGUACGGUGCUAACGCUUGGGAUCUACGAUAACCGAAACAUCUACCAGGUUACAGGGAAAGAUGUCCCGAUCGGGAAAGUGAGGAUCCCAUUGAAUCGUGUAAAGUGUGACUGGAUUUACACUANUGGAGGAGAGAGAGGAGCUCGGAACCCUCGCGGCCCAACAUCUUCACAUGACCUCGUCGAGCAGAUGGAGUUUCUUUACUUAGAAGUAAUCCAAGCCAAGAACAAAGUAGCCGACACUGUUGUAAUCCCCAUCGUCGAAAUCACUCUCGGAAACUACAAAUCCUCGACCAAAGAUCUGCCAAUGGGACAAAAUAUGGAGUGGAAUCAAGUGUUCGCUUUUGACAAAACCAAAGGUGAUGUCUUGUCCGUUACUCUCAUAGACGAUGCGACCAAAACCGUAAUUGGCAAGCGAAACUUCAAACUGGCCUCGGAGAUUCCGAGUAGGGUUCCUCCCGACGCAAGAAUCGCGCCUCAGUGGUACUCUAUGCAGAAUACCCAAACAGGUCAUCACAUGGAUUUGCUGAUGUCGGCUUGGUUUGGUACACAAGUUGACGAGGUUUAUUCAGAGGCUUGGUUUUCAGACGCCUCUCAAGUGAGUCCACUUAACGUGAUCAACACGCGACCUAAGGUCUACCUAGCCCCAAGGCUCUGUUACGUUAGGAUUACCAUUGUUUCAGGUCACGAUUUGAUUUCUUCCGAUCAUAAGCGGACUCCUUCAGCAUACGUGACGGCAGCUCUAGGUGAUGUGUGUCUCAAAACCGGAGUUUCUCCCGGUAGGAACCCGUCAUGGAACCAAGAUCUAAUAUUAGUUGCAUCAGAGCCGUUAGAAGGAAUCGUCGUCAUUAAGGUGAUGGACAGAGUCGACGAGCAACACGAAGAAUGCAUAGGGAUGUUAGAGAAGAAGCUCUCAGAGAUGACACCGCUUAAAAUUCCAAGUUCCGCACCGGUUUUGUUCUAUGACCUUGAAAUGCCGGUUAAGGUCGAACCGGCAGGAGAUUCGAGGAGGUUCGCAAGCAGACUCAAGAUGAAACUAGCGACUGAUCAGGCUUAUCACGUUGCUGAGGAAUGUGUCGAAUACGCGAGUGACUUCAGAGCUUAUGUUAAAGGGCUAUGGCCGGGUGUGCUCGGGAAAUUGGAAAUCGGGAUUUUGGGGGCAACCGGUUUAAAGGGAAGAGACGAGAAAAAACCGGACAUCGACAGUUAUGUGGUGGCUAAAUAUGGGAAUAAAUGGGCGAGGACUCGAACAGUGGUUAAUAAUGUCUCACCCAAGUGGAACGAGCAGUAUUCGUGGGAUGUCUAUGAAAAGUGUACGGUGCUAACGCUUGGGAUCUACGAUAACCGAAACAUCUACCAGGUUACAGGGAAAGAUGUCCCGAUCGGGAAAGUGAGGAUCCCAUUGAAUCGUGUAAAGUGUGACUGGAUUUACACUAGCUCGUAUCCGAUAAUGAAUUUGGGAAGCAGCGGACUGAAGAAAAUGGGAGAGCUUCAGCUCGCGAUUCGCUUUGUUUAUGUUGCUGAAUUCUACGCACGGUUUUCGGCUCGUUUCCGGAUGAUGUUACCUAAAACUCAUUACAAGUCUCCAGUGUCCAUGUAUCAGGUCGACAAGAUGAGAGCACAAGCUGUGGAUUUGAACUGUGCGAAUCUUGAGAAUACUUUGCCGCCUCUGGGACGCGAAGUCGUGUCGGAUAUGUUGAAGCCGAAGAGUAAGAAUUUCAGUAUGAGAAGAGCGAAAGCUAAUUAUGGAAGGCUUUGCAUACUCUAUAAGAGGUUAGCGUGGUGGGUUUCGACCCUUGAGUUGAUCAGAUCCGGGAAAGAGUUUACUCCGAAAGCCAUUGCAUUUUUAAUCAUUGUUGCGUUUAUUUUUUCGGACUACUUGAUGACGAGUUUGGCGAGUUCAUCGCUAGCUGUGAUUUUGAUUGUGCCUCUAGCUGUUAGGUCAGCGGUCAAGAUAAUAAUGCGCUAUCGGAACGGCACUCCUCCUCCUCCGUUGGUUUCCGUGGAUUUGAAGCUUUGGGGACUGGAAGUGAUCAACCUAGACGAGUUAGCAGAAGAGUUGGAUUCGUUUCCGUCGGGGGAAAUGGAUGUGAACAUUCUUAAGAUGAGGUACGAUAGGUUGAGGAAGAUCAUGGAGCAGGCGGUGUCACUAUUGGGGGAUGCUGCGAAACAAGGGGAAAGGUUUCUAGCGCUUGUUGAUUUGCUAACUGGGCAUCCACUUCUUUCGGCUCUCGGCUGUUACAUCAUCCUGAACAUCAUUAACAUUUUUUGGUAUUGGUGUCCGUUUAGGAUUGUCUUUUUGAUUUUUAUUCACUUGUGGCUUAAAUUCCAGUGGUUUCGCAACGAUUUGCCCGACGCAUUCCAUAACUUCUUUAGAAGACAGCCGAGCAACGAAGAUCCCGUUUGAAGACAAAUUCUCCUCCGUUUCCUUUUAUUAUUUGUUUUGGUUUUUGAGAUAUUCUCUUUUUGUUUUUUUC